CAGUCAUUUAAAAGCAACAAGAGAGCCGAACAGAAUGGGUUGGUUGAUGAUCGUAGUGUCCGUGCUCCUUCCCAACAUCGGGGGAAUCGUUGGAGGGCUGAUGACGGCAAAGAGCAUCAAAAAUUGGUAUAAUAAGGAGCUUAAGAAACCAGAGUGGCGGCCCCCAAACUGGGUGUUUGGCCCUAUGUGGACCUCCCUCUACUCCACCAUGGGUUAUGCCGCCUAUAGGGUAUGGCUGGAGUAUGACUCGCCAAGCAUCCUCAUCCCCUGGCAGCUGCCCUGGCCCCUAAAGCUAUUUGCGCUGCAACUCAUUCUCAACUGGCUGUGGACGCCAAUUUUCUUCGGCCUGAAAAAUAUCACGCUGGCACUGCUUGAGAUAAUACUCCUCGAUGCGGCCGUCCUGGCAACAGGCUGGGCGUUUUACCAAGAGGACGACCUGGCCGGCAUGCUCUUCAUACCCUACAUGCUGUGGCUCUCGCUCGCCACGGCUCUCACCCUCACCAUUUGGAAGAUGAACCCUCGCUGGCGGAAUGGAGUGCCGUCCAAGGAGAAAUAGGAAGGGGUGGACGGGGCUCGUCAGUAGAUCUGUUGCUGCCGUCGUUUUCUUGGUUUUGUUGACAAGGAUUUUGAGGUUGAGAAGGAUAAUAGGGAUGAUAUUAAUGAUAAACAUUUGCAGUGAAGUCGUGGAAAGUUGCGAGGUGCCGUCCAAGGAGGAGCGGAAAGCAAGGUAUGAUCUUCUGCCGUCACAUUAGAGAUGGCUCGUUCAUCUCUUCUCGGUUGAGGACGCUUAGUGCUUGAUUAUCACACAGGUUUCAUUUUGAUAUAUUUUUAGAGUGUUUGAAAAGGGGGAAACAAUUCAGUCCUUUUGUAGGUUGUUACGAAGCUUAAGACUGUGAAACUAAAAGA